AUGUCAUCCUGGUUACCUCAGAACGUGCAGAAAAGGCUGCUAAUAUAUGUACUUCAACAAAUAUCAAUAUUUUCCCAUAUCGACACCAGCAAUUUGGAUGUCUCAUUAGGAUGUCGCUCCCACUUUGCCUUCCAUGAUCUCCAACUUGAUGUAGAUAAUAUAUCGGUUCCUAAUAUUUCCAUUAGAACUGGCCAUAUAGCGGAAUUGGACCUGAAACUUGCUGUAUCUGGUGGUCUAGAUAUCAACGGUGAAGGAGUCACCUUUGUGAUAGGAUUGGAGGUUUUAAAUGAAUCAUGUUCUAAAGAUAUUGCAAUGUCAUUAGCUAAAAGUGUGAUGGAUCUCACCAAUUCAAUGAUACAUCCACUUACCGAUAAUAUUGAUGAUGAUGAUAUAUUGACACAUAGUAGCUGUGAGAGUGGAGAUUUUUCCAAAGUUUUCUAUUCCCCAUCUGCUCUCAGUGCCAUGAGAAAUAAAGUAUUGGAAAUGACACUUGCUAAUUUGACUAUCAAAUUAACACACAUUAAUAUACAGAUGAUACUACCUGAUGAUGAUUGUCUGCAGAUUAUGAUAGAAAGUGCUGAAUUUCUGACAAUUGGCAGUUGCCGGCGAGUUAACGUUAAAGGUGUAUCUGUUUCACAUUCAGAAAUCUCUACCUUAGAUGAAUCUGAUGAUGUGGUCUCAAACAGCGUACUGGCUUCUAUUUAUAUGAGUGCAAUGGAUUCGAUCCCCAAAUUAACGAAAAGUUCACGACCUGAAAUUUCUAUGAAUGGACGAAAAGUAGCCAAGUUAGAUACGAUUAAUAUAACCUUCCAGGGGAUUUCCUCAAUUGACGACAUGCAUAUUCAUGACACUGCUGUAUCCAUUGGCACUGUCCAAAUUUUCUUUGAUACGAUUUUUGGGAUGGAUAAGUCUGUUCUUAAUACAAUCCUGCAGUUUUUGACAGAACUCAAGCAACCGGUUUCUAAUACUGAACCCUCGGACAAACUUCGGAACUACAAGAGGUUUAAGGUGGAACAAAACAUCGAAGAGGAAUUAAAGAUUACUGAAGUGCAUUUAAGCCAUCUAAGUCUCAUCUUUCCUUCAGAUAUGAAGAUAAUAUUGGAUGAUAUGGACUUUAAAAAUGGUGCUGGUGGUAAUUGUACCGCUUUCAUUAACGCUUUUGGUAUUUUAGAACAAAAUAAGCAAUUAUUUCAUCUAGACAAUCAAAGUAACAAACCAUUAGUGUAUUUCACCGCAGAUGGAAAGAAUAACUAUAACACACUAUCCUUAGAUGAAGAUGUGACUAUUUCAUUGACUCCAAAUUUUGUCAAUUUAAUACUGUUAACCGUGAGUAGACUUGAGUCAUUGAUCAAAUCAUAUACGAAAUUUGAUAGUCAUUCUCAGGAAUAUCCCCAACAGGAAUUAAACAUGUAUGUCAAAUCAAAGAAUGUUUUCUUAGACUUACAAUUAAAUGACUGUAUCUUACGUGCGAAUAUUCAACCAAUCUCAUACCAGUUACCAUUACAUUCGCUUUCCAUUGAAUCGAUCGUUUUUACAAAAAUUAUAGGUUCCAAGAGUAAAUCCAUCGCUCAGAUUUCGGAUAUUAAGUUUGGAAGCAACGUGAAUCAUUUUAAAGUCAAUUCAUACAAUCUGAAGCUUUCUGAAACUUUGAUUACCUCUAAACAACAAGGAAGUAUUGGAGGUAUACGGGUUAAUUGUUCAGAAAAUGACCUUAAAGAUGUUAUUAGUGGAAUAGUGGAGUAUUCGGAUAUUGUUAAACCGUACAUCAACAAUAAAGUUGAAGUUCCUCAGACACUUCUAAAUAAGAGUGUCCGUAUCAUGAAUCCAUCCAGUAUUAUCCACAAACAAAAUGUAUUUUCAAAUAUGGUUUUCUUAGUCAGCGAAAUUUCCGUUUCAGUGCUUUUUACUUCUCUUCCAUCAUUUGGAAAAAUAAGCGUCGCUCUUAAUUCGUGCCUUUUAUCCUUGAAUACUGAUAACACCAUAAUUUUCCAUGCAUCAACCAUCGAAGGUUAUAGAUGUACGUCUGGAGCCAAGCAGAGAUUUCUAGAGCCCAUAAAGGCUAAUGAUAGGACAAAGCCAGCAUUAUUUUUGCAGAAGUUUGAAAACUGGAAAAUAAAGUUGAAUAUUUGGAAUGUUUGUAUCCAUUACUAUGCCAAAUGGCUGGAUGUUUUAGCUGAUAAUAAGUUUAAUAAUGCAUCUACUUCUAGUGAUAGGCAUGAAAAAGUGACAAACUUGACUCAACAACGAAUUGAAGUAAAGCUUCAUGACUGUGCAAUUAUGAUGAAACCGUAUAGGUUAGAUACUGCUUUGGUUGUUUGCGUAAGUCGUUGUAUGACAGACCUACAGAUACCUGCUGCUGAUUCUAAAGUCAUACUUCGCACAGCAACGUUUAUGUUAAUCGAUGAUCUAUCUAAUAUGAAGUUAGGCAGCACUGAGGUAUGGAGUUCGAUUAGUGCUUAUUACACAAAAUGUGGGUUUACUACAGUAGGAAGGGCCACUACAAUUAGUACUCUCGUAUCUAAGGAGGAAAGAAAAGUCUCUAUAAGUGUUGAUAUUGAUCGUGUCGAUUUAUCUCUUUGCGCUGAUUCAUUUCAAUGUUUGUUGCAAACUUUAACUGAUUUAAAACCACCAGUAUCCUUUCCUGAUGAAAAGAAGUAUAGGACUGAAAUAUCUCAUGUUCCUGUAUUUCAAGAUGUUGAUGAUAAUUUUUUCGUUUCAAAAAGGCUGCCAAUGUUGAGACUUGAUUUUAACGAUAUGCAUAUAUUCGAUGAUUUUAUCGAUAAUACUAAUGAUAGCUUUUCUGUGGUACACAUUACAGAGGAGUCCGAGGAGUCAUCUCCUACCGAUGUAAAAUCAGUUUUAAGGCUCGAGGAAAGUCACUUUGGUAAAAGUGGGUUGCCUGUUUCGUCAGAAUCCGAUAUUGAGACUUCUGCAUUGGUAUCCAUAGUGGUUAAGGCUUCGAUUAAGAAAGCUUCUAUAAAGCUUCAUGAUGGUUAUGACUGGAUAUAUACUCGUAAGUCUAUAUCGAAAGUUGUCGAAGACAUGGAAGACGAGGUUCAAAAGCAAAUUGAGCCUGCUAGAGUUGAAGCAAGCUUAUUCGAUUCUAUUUAUUUGUAUGCAUCCUCAGAGUCAAAUAUCAAGAAGAUUGUUAAUAAUAACAUUCAUGCAGAUCCUGAUAAUGGAUUUGAAACUUCGGUGUCCAAGAUGAAACUCCGCCCAUCUAAAAAUCACAAGAUCCUGAUUGAACUCAUCAAUACAAAUGUAAAAUUUACUGGUUACGAAGUUGAUGAGCCUACAGAAGAAGAAGCUGACUGGUCAGCUGAUAUAUUAAACAGAACAGAAGUGGAUGUUGAAACAUUUGAGAUUAUAGAUAAUGUUCCCACUUCAACGUGGAAUAAGUUUGUUACAAUCUUGAAGAAGGGCCGAAAAAAUAAUUCACCGAUGUUUUCACUUCUAUUUACUCUAGUUAGGCCAAUUGAUUUCCUUUAUGCGACUGAAGUCAUAAUCACUGCUAACAUUCUGCCAUUAAGAUUACAUGUUGACCAAGAUACUUUAGACUUUUUAACGAGGUUUGGCGAAUUUAAAGAUAGAAGGUUCGAGUUGAUUGACAAAUAUCCUGAUAUAAUAUACAUUCAAAGAUUUGAGGUAAAUUCGGUUGACAUUAUACUAGACUACAAACCCAAAAAGCUUGAUUAUGUCGGUUUGAAAUCCGGCCAUACCGCUGAAUUUAUGAAUUUCUUUACCUUGGAUGGUGCAAAGAUAACCUUAAAAAGGGUGGUAUUAUAUGGAGUUGAUGGUCUACAGGCACUCAAUGGCUGCUUAUCCAAUAUAUGGACACCAGAUAUAACAAGGUUUCAGUUGUCUGGAGUUCUUAAGGGUGUAGCUCCGCUGAAGUCAAUCAUAACACUUGGCUCUGGUGUGAAAGCGCUAGUCACUGUACCGAUCAAGGAAUACCAACAAGACCAAAGACUAACACGGAGUUUGCAAAAGGGUGCCCGUGAUUUUAUUAAGACAACCAGUGGUGAAUUAAUCCGACUGGGCGUUAGAAUGGCUUCUGGGACCCAAACUAUCCUUGAAAAUACAGAGGAGUUCUUUGGAGGCCAGGGUUCCCGCGCGAGGGGCAUGAAUGGAAGGCCUCAGGAAGAUGACCAGCAAAGAAGCUACGUGGCGGCUCAACAUGAGGAAACAAACCUAUUCAGUAAAUCAAAUCCGCGUAACAAGAGUCCCGUUAAUCUACUUGUAUACGAUGAGGAUGAACAUGAAUCUCUGAAAGUGAUAAGUUUGUAUGCAGAUCAACCAUUGAAUGCUCAAAAUGGUGUUCAAGAGGCGUACGGUUCUCUAGGGAAGAACUUCAACAUCGCAUACGGAGCCAUGAAACGAGCUCACAGAGAGGUAAAACAGUCUUUUACAGCUCAAGAUGCGGCAACCGCGUUUGCACGCGCAACUCCAAUCGCAUUUAUUAGACCUAUGAUUGGAGCAACAGAGGCCAUAUCGAAGACCUUACAAGGUAUUUCCAAUCAAAUGGAUCAUGAACAAUUGGUAUAUAUGCAGGACAAGUAUAAACAAUCUUCGAAGCGUUCAGGGGAACAAGCUUAA